UUUUUUAACUUAUUGCCUGAAGGCCAAGCCAUUACCUUACUCAUUUUCCCGGAUUCUUAUACCGAUUUACCCAUGCGUGUGGAUCAACAACUAAUGGUGUUUGAUCAAAAUAGUUGGGUCCUAUUUCACAUUCUCUAUUUCUAAGCUUACCCUUUUCUCGUUUGACCUCAUCUCUAUUUCAGGCUCCAUUCCAAUUGUUGAAUCAGUCAGGGAACUUGCAAUGAGUGAGGGUCUAAAGAAGUCUCCUUCAAAUGGCUUUGAGAAGUCUUUGACAACUGAAGAGCAGCAGGCAAAGAUUAAUGAGGUGAGAAGGUUGGUUGGGCCAUUGCCAGAAAAGUUGUCCAUUUAUUGUUCUGAUGCAUCAAUCUCAAGACAUCUAAGGGCACGAAACUAUAGCGUGAAGAAAGCAACAAAAAUGCUGAAAGAAACCUUAAAAUGGAGAGCAGAAUAUAAACCAGAAGAGAUUCGAUGGGAAGAAGUUGCUCGUGAAGCAGAGACUGGGAAAAUCUACAGAACAAAUUACAUUGACAAGCAUGGGAGAACAGUUCUUGUCAUGAGACCCAGUUGCCAGAACACAAAGUCCACAAAAGGACAAAUUAGGUACCUGGUGUAUUGCAUGGAGAAUGCCAUUUUAAAUUUAUCACCUGAUCAGGAGCAGAUGGUGUGGCUGAUCGAUUUCCAUGGUUUCAAUCUGUCACAUAUUUCACUGAAAGUGACGAAGGAAACAGCCCAUGUUUUACAAGAUCAUUAUCCAGAACGGCUGGGUCUGGCAGUACUGUACAACCCACCCAAGUUCUUUGAGCCAUUUUGGACGAUGGCAAAAGCAUUUCUAGAGCCUAAAACUUACAAUAAAGUCAAGUUUGUUUACUCUGAUGAAGCUAACACCAUGAAAGUAAUGGAAGAUCUAUUUGAUAUGGACCAACUUGAGUCCACAUUUGGGGGCAAAGACAAUUCAGGAUUUGAUGUCAGUAAAUACGCUGAGAGGAUGAAGGAGGAUGACAAAAGGAUGCCUUCAUUUUGGACGAGAGAUAGUCAUCCCUCGGCAGUGCCACAACCAGCCCUGAAAUCUGCUGCUUCCUUGGAUGUUAGCGUGGACUCACAUUCUGAUGCUUCUGAAAAUGAUGAAACAGACUGUUUAGAUGUUAAUGGGAUAGAUUCAGAAAUCCUCUCCCUUGAGGACAAUACUUCAGCAACUGACAGUGGCAGAAAAGGGUCAGAAAAUGUACAUCCCGGUGAAGUCAAAACCCAUAAUGAUCGAGCACAUGUCUGACUCUGGUUAAGAAACUACAGAUUGUGUUGGCAUGCGAAACGACAGCUCAAGCAAACUCUCAAUGAUCAAAAGAUGUACUCUUCUUCUUCUGAUAGAAGAAAAGAAGAAAGGACUGGUCAAUUCUUCUGACUUGUGAGUGAUUUUUGACUUGAAGAGAUUGUACUGCUAACUCCGUCUCAAGACGAAUAGUUGUAUGAAAACAAUAUUUUAUUGCCUGGUUCUGAGGUUAUGCAGACAAGACACCAAAGCCACAGCCACAGCCACAACAACAGAACAACACAGAACGUGAAAAAGGUUUCAGGGCUCAUAUUAUGGUGUCCAUGAAAUUUUGGGGCCCUUCCAAUUUGAAUUACACCUAUUGCAGCCCUCUAAACUUGGUUCACUUGUUUCAUACUUUGAGUCCAAUGGACAACUCCUGAGAUUACAUAAUGUUAACUGGUUCAUCUGAUGGAUUACCCUACAGACUUGUAUAGUGAUCAAACAUAUAACAAUGAACAAAAAUGAGAAAGCUGCUCGUCAUAUCACUCUAUCAAAUUUGUAAUAGUUAAAAUGGUCUACAUCUUAUACUGAA